CAAGCACUCUCUAUUCAAGCCAGCAUAGAGUAACAAGAAAUCAAGGAACUCCUUAUUCUGUCUCAGGCAAAACUCACUUUAGAAUCUUUUUCUCUUCUGUUCUUCACAAAAAACACAUCCCCUUGCAACUCAGCUCAACAUGCAACCAGGAGAAAUCUCUGGAAACCAUAGUCUACCACACGAACAUCAAAAUCUUGACUCUGGCACAAAUUUCACCAACAGGUUGUUGCUAAAUUCUCAAGUUCAUGUUCCAUUCCAUAUGGUAUCCCCAAACAAGCCAUGUCUCAGUACAAAAGAGGAAACAAAAGAGUAUCAACUAAGCGCUGUCAACGACAGGAGGCUUAGAAGAAUUAUAUCCAACAGAGAAUCUGCCAGAAGAUCGCGGAUUCGCAAGAAGAAGCAAAUUGAAGAACUCCAGUCACAGGUAGAUCAGCUUCAGACUAUUAAUCAUCAGCUUGGACAAAAGCUUAUCCAUCUGCUGGAGAACAAGCACCGGAUCCUAGAAGAGAAUGCCCAACUCAAAAAGAAAGUUUCAACUCUGCACAUGGUACUUGAUGAUUUGUUUUCAUGUCUGAAUAAUCUGGAAGAUAUCACGUGCAACACAAGUCAGCAGCAUAGGGCUGAAGCUACAAAUCAAUCUACGCUCAGUUAGUUUAAUGAAUUUCGUGAUUGUUUAAGUUCACUUACAUGGGUCUGAUCAUAGUUAUGGAACAAGAAAAGAGUGACUAGAAAGAAAGAGGAAAACAUAAGCAUGGAAAUGUGGGGCUAGAUUUAUAUGGAUAUCUGAUCACUGUCUUAUAUUAAAUGCAAUAAUUUGGACCUCUUUCAUCACUACUUAAUGAGAUGUACUCUACUGGCAUGCAUAGCAAGAUUACGUUUCCUAGCAAGAUACCGACCAACAUUCAAUCUCAUGGUUGCUCAUAUGGAUCCAGCAUAGUUUUAGCUUGUUAGUUCUUAUAUUCAGUUUUAGUGGCAGCAAUUUGGCCAUUCCUACUAAUGAUAGAAAAGAUACCAUAGAAUUACCUUUUGCAAUGUAAGUUAAAUUUGAAAAGAUACCUUAUUGGGUCCAAUUAUACAACUGGAAGGAAGAUUGAAAGUUGCUGCAAUUUCUCAAACUAACUAGAAUUGAAGGAACUAUAAUAAAACCAAACUUGAAAC